UCAGCUUCCCCAAUCGCAUCCAUCUCCAUUCUCGUUCUCGACUCUGAACUUGCCCUCUUUCUCUCUCUCUCUCUCUCUCUCUCUCUCUCUCUCUGCAACUGCAAACUACAAAAUCUACAUGAAUCAGAAGUUCAAAACCAAGAAUCAAAAGUUCAAAACCCAUAUCGGCAUAUCAUUUCAGAUUGUUCAAAAAAUCAAAACCCAUAUCUUUCAGUUUCCAUCGCCCGCUGUUCCAGUUCGGGUUCGCCGUUUGCAAGCUUCAGCGGCUGCUCUCAACUCUCAAGCUUACCCCCUCUCUCUCUGCAACUGCUAACUUGAAUGUGUGGGUUUUGUUUUAAUUUUUUUUUCUAAAUCAACUAAUCAAGGUCUGUAAUUCUUGUUUUGCAAACUAAAUCCUAUUUGGUGAAAUUUUUUAUGAUCUUUUUUAUAUAAUUUUUUUUUUACAAUAUAAAGUAAAAAAAUUUGCAUUGCAUUUUGAGGUAAUCAUUGCAUUGCAUUUUGAGGUAAUCACCGUAAUCUACAUUUUAUUUCAGCAAAACAAAUAUAUAUAUUUAUUAAAACAUGCUUUUGAGUGAAUUCCAUAGUGUCUCUGCUCCCACUAGUAGAUUCUCAAAUAGGAUUAGUAAAUUGGUCAAAAGAAGAGAUAGGGUACUGAGUGGUGAAUUGUUCAGAAAUAAAUUGGUAAUUUUUUUUAUUAAUUACCCAAAUAGGAUUUUCUAUGCCUUAAUCAGUCAAUUGUCUAAAGAAACAUUGUUAUUUAACGAAUUAAAUAAUUGAUGUAUUUUUAUUUAGUCCACUCCAUUGAGAAAUCCUGGAUCCGCCUGCUUCUUCUCGAACCUUCGGUUCUCUGAAACACUCUUCGUCGUCGGUGAAUUUUCAGCCAUUUCAGUUGCUUAAAGUCUUAUGCUGGUUCGUUUAGUUGCAAUUAACAAUGGGACAGAGGAGAAGGAAUGUUACUUCAGAAACAGAGAAGUAUGGAACUGAGAAUUCAAAAUCCAUCGACAGAAAGAAAAAUGGAACCGCAAAGUCCAACCUAUAUUCUUCAUCAAAGAGAGUAUUUCUUCUUUGCUUGGGUUUUCGAUUGGUGAAUGCUUUACUGGUGCAGACCUAUUUCAAUCCAGAUGAGCACUGGCAAGCCCUAGAGGUUGCACAUCGCAUUACAUUCGGAUACGGCCACUUAACAUGGGAAUGGAAAAGGGGAAUUCGUAGCUACCUGCAUCCAAUGUUGUUUGCUCUCCUUUAUAAAGUUCUUGCCUUCCUUCGCCUCGAUACCCCAUGGUUCAUGAUGAAGGCUCCACGCCUUUUUCAGUCCAUAUUUGCUGCAGUUGGUGAUCUCUAUGUCUACAAACUCUCUCAAGUCCUGUUCAGUGACUUUGUCGCACAGUGGGCACUUUUUUCCCAGUUGACAAACUGGUUUAUGUUUUUCUGUAUCACUCGUACUUUGUCAAAUAGUUUGGAGACUGUUCUUACACUUGUGGGUCUAUACUAUUGGCCCUGUAUAAGAGUUUCUUCCAGUGAAAUUCCCUUGGUCUCAAGAAAGUGGGGUUUGGCUGUAGCAGCAUUAGCAUGUGCUAUUCGACCAACCAGUGCUAUUACAUGGGUAUAUGUUGGAUUUCUGGAGUUGUUUCUAACACGCGACAGACUAAAGUUCAUUUUUCUCGAGGUGAUCCCUAUUGGGGUCUUGGUGCUCGGGCUUAUGUGUUUAUUGGAUUUUUUGAUGUAUGGCUCGUGGGUCAUAGUGCCUCUUAAUUUUCUGAAGUUCAAUUUUCUUUCCUCUGGUGGAGACUAUUAUGGAACUCACAAGUGGCACUGGUACUUCACCCAGGGAUUUCCAGUCAUGGUCUUCACUUUCUUACCAUUUUCCAUAGCUGGCAUUAUCCUGUCUAAACAGUGGAAGCUUUCUGGGCUUGUAGCAUGGGUUUUAGGGCUUUAUAGCAUUCUAGGUCACAAAGAAUUCAGGUUUGUGCUCCCAAUACUUCCGGUGGCUUUGAUAUUUUGUGGAUAUACAUUAGCCACAAUUAGAAGACCUCGUUCAUCAAAUGGGAAAAGAAAAAAAUCUGUAGAUAGUCAUACAACUCACGGCAAAUGCUCUUUGAAGAUGCAAUUGGCUAUCUUGUUCCUGGUUGCUACCAAUAUUCCAAUGGCUUUUUAUAUGAGUUUGGUUCAUCAGAGAGGAACUGAGGAUGUCAUGAACUAUCUCUCCAAAGAGGCUCUCAAUGGGAAAGUGAGAAAUAUUCUUUUCCUGACACCCUGCCAUGCUACACCUUACUAUUCGACCCUGCAUCGUAACCUUCCCAUGCGUUUCUUAGACUGUUCGCCCAGCAGUGAAGAAAAAGGCACUCUAGAUGAAUCGGACCGGUUCAUGAUGGACCCAGUUGGCUUCGCAUCAGAAUUUGCGAUAAAUUGGUCACUACCUAGUCACAUUGUACUAUUUGAUUCACAAGAGAAACUAUUAAAGAACUUUCUGUUCUCACAUUCUUUUGAAGAGAUAAGAAGAUUUUUUCACGCUCACUUCAAGGUGGACCGAGAUCUUCAAGCAUCAAUUGUUGUAUAUGCUUUGGAAGGCCAGUGAUUCUCAGCCUUUACUAAAUAUAUAUAUAUAUAUAUAUAUAUAUAUUUUUUGGCACUUCAAAAUUUGUUAGCUCUAUCUGAUCGUUUUGUUGCACUUUGAAGAUCUGUUUUCUUUUCUUUUGAAUGAUUGUUCAUUUAUUCUUUCCAAACAUUAAUUUUUUGUUCAACAAUUGACUUUUGGUAGUCUUGAAUUCUUUAUCAUCAAGGGACUUUUUUACUGA